UCAAACAGUUUGAUCUGCAACAUAAACAAACAUUUUCAAGUCUCCGACCAAUCUUACACAAUACGGCCAGCAGCAUGGAAGCACCGACAUGGUACAACGACGAGGAGAUCAUGAAUCAAAUGGAUGCGAUCCCCGUCACUGGUGAUGGACGGUUCGACGCCGAGUCUCUUUUCAUUCUAGUGGAUAACAUCCUUAAGCACACCGCCCCUAUUGUUGAUAGUUUUUUGCCGGGUACCCAAGCAGCUAUGGGAAAAAUUGAGGACAUGAACACGAGUGCCUUUUUUAGUUCACCCCUCUGUACACUUAAGCAGAUUUCCUGCAUGAUGGAUUGCAAGGCUCCGGGUGUAGUAGACGCACACGAGACGACACUGUCAAUGCUUCACAUGCUAUCAAACUACUCAUGGGAUGCAAGGGCAGUGAUGACCCUAGCAGCUUUUGCUUUGUGCUUUGGUGAAUUCUGGAUCCUUAUGAGGAUUCACUCAUCUAAUCAGCUCGCCAACUCAUUGGCAUUCCUGAAGCGACUACCUGUCUUGGCAGAGCACCCAGGGUUGCAGAAACACAGGCAAGCACUUUCUGAACUUAUCAAUCUGAACAAUACCACAUUGGAAGUGAUUAAGUGCAUUUUUGAGCUGGAGAAGCUAAGUAACUAUGGUAGAGAGAAUGUGCCUGCAUUGUCAAAAACCAUGGACCAUAUCCCUGUGGAUGCCUAUUGGGUCGUUAGAACUGUUGUCGGUUGCUCGGCUCAAUUGACCGGCGUCACGAAUGAUGACCAUGGUUGCCCUGAUUUCAGGGACCAAUCAGUGGAUCUAUCUAGCUUGGCUCACAAUCUCGACCGCAUCCUCAACAAUCUUAAGAAGCAACUAAAUAUUUGCAAACAACAAAUAGAGGAAACUGAGAUGGAGGCUUAUCAGAUGCUCAGGAAUCUAUUUCAAAUCCAUCCCAAAAUGGUGGAGGUUUUUAAGGCGCUGUGUUAUGGCAAGAGUAAUUUGCAGCCGCUCAUUGACGGAUCUAAUGAGUUUAAUGAGGUGAACUUAGAUAUUGUGCUGAAGCAUAAAUAUGUGUUGUUGCUCAUUUCGGGCCCAGAUAUCUCAGAUAAUGAUCUUGGGACUCUCAAGCAGCUUCAUAGAGAGAUAGGCAAUCGUGGUAAGAUUGUGUGGGUUCCAAUUGUGGGGCAGACGAGCAUCGACACGGAAAGGAUGUUUAGAAUCCGAGGCUCUGAGGUGCCAUUGUACAUUGUGCAGCGAUUUGUAGGCAUACCAGGCAUUAAGUUCAUCCGGGAAGAGUGGCACUUCAGGAAUGAGCCUAUUGUUGUGGUGAUUAACCCAAAAGUGAGGGUAGAACACUGUAUUUCACUCCAGCAGAUAAAGGGAAUAAACUCAUUCCCCUGUUUCAGAAAGAAAAAUAUUGAUGUGCUUGUCAAUGGCAUUUGUAGGUGUGCGUGUCAGUGUCUUUGUGUGCACUGUGAACGUACCAAUGUAUGAACAUUGCCAACCCUACAAAUGAGGAAACUGGGUGAAGAUGAAACCUGCUCCUCAUUUCAAUCGUACUAGGAUUCAGCCCUGAAAUACAUCAAUAUAUAUAUUAUAAUAGAAUAUUAACAAUUGAUAUGUAGAAAAGAGAAACUUUAUUUGUAACA